AUGUCCAUGGGGGGUUUAGUUGAACAAAGGGAAAGAGAUGAAAGCUUUUCUCUUACAGGAUUCAUAAGCUUAGAUUGUGGCAGAUCUAAUGGAUACACGGACAGGGAUACUGGAUUGAGAUAUAAUUCAGACAAUAACUUCAUCGACACAGGAGUAAGCCAUAUAAUCGCCCCAGAACACCAAUCGAACUCAUUGUAUCAACAGUUCAUGUAUGUUAGAAACUUCCCCAAAGGAACUAGAAACUGCUACACUUUAAAGGUACCAGCUCAGGCCAAUGGAUCAAGAACAACAUUCCUAAUAAGGGGAAGAUUCAUGUAUGGAAACUACGACAACAAUCAUUCCCUUCCUAGUUUUGAUCUUCAUAUCGGAGUUGACAUUUGGGACACGGUGCUAAUUUACAACGAAUCUGUUCCAAUAAGAAAGGAGAUCAUUUAUGUACCAAACUCAGAUUUUAUUCAAGUUUGUCUUAUCAAUACCAACUCUGGGAUCCCUUUCAUAUCAGCUCUAGAGAUAAGGCCUAUGAAUGAUACCAUUUACAAGAAGGAUUAUUCUUUGAAAUAUUAUAGAAGAUUUGACUUGGCUUCAUCUACUAUUAACUUGUAUAGGUAUAAAGAUGACAUCUAUGACCGAAUAUGGCUGCCCUGGGUCCAUGAGGACAACACUAGUCUUGCCACUGCGUCGCCGGUCAUGGCUAAUAAAUACCAGAUCCCUAACGCUGUUAUGAAUACUGCCAACAUUCCCAAAAAUCCAAAUGAUUCCUUAGUUUUUUCGUGGAAUCCAGAUAAUAUUAACGAUCAAUUUUAUCUUUACUUACACUUUGCGGAGCUUAAUCCUUUUGCCUCGAGUAGAGAAUUUAACAUCUAUGUCAAUGGAAAGUCCUUGUUGGAUGAGCCUUAUUCUCCAAAGUAUCUCCAGACAGAAACUCAUGAGUUACGAAUAGAUGUUAGAUCAAAUUAUACUGUCUCUCUAAAUAGGACAAAGAAUUCUACACUUCCUCCUCUCUUGAAUGCGAUCGAGCUAUACACGAUCAAGCAAGCAUUCAAAUCUCAGACUAAUGAUGAAGACGUUGGUGGUAUUAUGGGGAUAAAGUCAACAUACAAAGUGUUGAAGAACAACAACUGGCAAGGAGACCCUUGUGGCCCUCCACCAUUUUUUUGGGAUGGGAUCAUUUGCAGCUACAAAGGCUUUAAUCCACCCCAAAUCAUUUCAUUGAACUUGUCUUCAAGUGGGUUGAGCGGGGAGAUAUCUCCUUUCAUCCAGAACCUCACCUCAUUGAAAACUUUGUAUGAAUUUAAAGGGAAACAACUUGACAUGUCCAAUGCCAUUGUUACUUCAAGCAAAGAUAAAGAAUUUAAGGGAAAUUCGACGACGACAACAACACCAAGAAAGAAGAGAAGUGGAAGUCAUACUGUUAUUGUAGUAAUUGCUGCUUCUGUUGGUGGCUUUUUCUUCUUGCUUUUAGCUGCUUCGAUUAUCUUUUAUUGCAUCAGAAGGAAAAGAAAGCAGUCAACAACAACAACCAUUGUGCAAAGCUCAACAAUUAGCAGCAGGCAGAGCCAUGACAAAGACUUGAUCAGUUCUAACAUUGAGCUCAAGAACUGUCAAUUCAGUUACUCUGAAAUUUUGAAAAUCACAAACAACUUCCAGAGGGUUCUUGGCAAAGGGGGGUUUGGAACAGUCUAUCAGGGUUAUGUCGGAAACACACCGGUUGCUGUAAAGAUGAUUUCUCUGUCAUCCACAAAAGGGUACAAGCAAUUUCAAGCCGAGGCUAAGUUCUUGGUGAGUGUUAACCAUAAGAAUUUGACUUCUGUCCUCGGUUAUUGCGACCAAGAUGAUAAAAUGGGACUUGUCUACGAGUUCAUGGAAAAAGGAAAUCUAGAAACUAAUUUAUCAGAGAGAAGCUCACAAAUAUUGAAUUGGGAGGAAAGACUUCAAAUAGCAGUUGGUGCAGCACAAGGGUUGGAGUAUUUACACAAUGGUUGUAAGCCAAUGAUAAUCCACAGAGAUGUUAAGUCUUCAAACAUCUUACUAAACGGUAAAUUUGAAGCAAAGUUGGUUGAUUUUGGUUUAUCGAAGACAAUCCCUGUAGAUGAAAGCAAUCACGUCUCGACUGUUGUUGUUGGGACUCCUGGUUACAAUGAUCCCGAUUUUUUUGCUAAAAGCCAGUAUCUUUUGUUUGCGCACUAUAAUAAGUUUUCAUAUAUGUUAAUUGAUUUCCUUGUUUCUAGGUACAUAGUCACAAACAGGCUGACCGAAAAGAGUGAUGUAUACAGUUUUGGAAUCGUCCUCUUGGAGAUACUAACAGGAAAGCCAGCAGUGUUGAGAAAUCAAGAAAAUGCGCAUAUAAUUAUAUGGGUGGGUGCAAUGAUAUCAACAGGGGAUGCUACACAGAUUGCUGAUCAAAGGCUAAGGGAAAAUUUUGACACAAAUUGUUUUUGGAAACUUGUGGAAUUGGCAAUGGCUUGUGUUUCGCGAGAAUCAGUGAGGAGGCCAAACAUGACUCAAGUUGUAAUGGAGCUAAAGGAGUGUUUGGCAAGCGAGAUAGCUCGUCAUAACACAAUAUCAAGGGGUUCGAUGAGUGGCGGUUUUAAGUCCAUUGGGGCCGCAAGUGAUGGAAUGGGUCCUCUUGCAAGGUAAACAAAGGAGGUGAUCCAUACAUCUUUGUGAUAUAUAUAUUUAUGUUAGCAUUAUUGAUGUGCAAUUUAAUUUGUAAACUUAUAAGAAAUUAUUCAGAUUAUACUAUACAAAUAUUUCUCAAGGCAGAUUGCUUCAGUUCAGAGUAUCAAUCUAGAAUAUAAGAAUAAAGCUCAAUUUUGUCCAUGAACUUGUCUUAAUCUAUAUAACCUUGUAAUAGAAAUUCAAGUUCCUUAUAAUUAAUUAAACUAGCAUU